AUGGCAAUAUUAUUGCGCUGUCAACCCUGUCGUCGUGGUUUCGUCAGGGGAUUCACCGUUCGCACUAUUGGCCGUGAAGACAGAGAUUCCGAUGAAGAGAAGAAGCUCGUUGACGAUCAUUGCCUCGAAGGACGAAACUACCCCUGUGGAACAGCAUGUCAACAACCACAUUGGCACUUCUCAACCGAUCGAGAACUAGGAAUUAGUCUCCAUGAUAUCGCCUUCAAGACCUUCCUGUUUAGUUUGGGUGUGGCGAUUAAGUUUGAUACCAGACCGUUAUCUGGGACAUACUUUCCUUAUCAAGAGACCGUCAUCGAUUGCGUCCGCCACCCCGACCCGAGACCAGGGAAAAUUAUCGGAAGGAUCAUGAACACGACGUUGCAGAUUAACGGGGAUGAUAUCUGGAGAAUGGAGGAGGCAGGUGGACUAAAGAAGGGAAGAAACUCGUCGUUCGAUUGGAUUUUAAGGUAUAUUCGUCGAGGCUCAAGCAUCACUCUGUGGAGAAUCAGUUCAAGAAUAUUCCGUGAUCUGACACGUUCAGGAGGCAUUUUGGAGCUUCACAUGAAGGGUCGAGGCAAGGUCGAGAGAUCGAAUAUUAAGUGUCCCAGAAGGAGGCUACGGAGAUGCCAAUUGGUUCUGGUAUCGAUGAGAGGGCCGGGGAGCAGUAAGAGUUGGCGUCGGGGUGCAGGGUAUAUUUGGGCUACCACCCCGAAAGAUCCGAGUGCAGCUAGAAUUCAGGCCCAGCAGGGAAAGGGCAGGGCGAACACAACGAACCCUGAUGGUGACAUCGGAAUGCGGGGUUGGCCUCGGAGACGGGGGCAGAUAAGAAACAAGUUAAUGUCUAUGUGUUGGAAAAGGGAGCACUGCCGUUACAUAUUGCAAAACACGGCAAACUUACGCGCUGCUGAUCCGUCUAGGAAACAAAUGCAAGCUAGACGUCGCCACAAACCCGCAUACCGUGCGGCGAUCACCGACAUAGUCGAGGAGCUCCAUGGCGAAAACAUUACAAGGAGAAAUCAACACGCAUACGCCGUCAUUGACAAUGAACUGUUGAACGUGUCUGCACUGCCUCUGGAUGAAAGCGAAUGGUGGGUCAUAUUGGAUGACGCCACCGCCGUCAUCGCCGCCCAGAUGGAGUCAAACGCCCCGCUGAACAUGGAACAGAUGCUUCUACGAGGCGAGGACAAUAGGAUCCUACAAUUCCGGUUCUGCGAGGAAGACCGAAGGCGCUGACGAAGAGCGGAUAUAUCAAACUCGCACGGGCGGGAUCGUCACAUCAUAAACACGCUGCUGAAAAGAGUAUGUUCAAAGAGUUGACGCCUCGAGUAAAGACUGCCGCUUACUGCCGCUGGGAGGGGGGGGAAUGCCUUCAAUGGGACAAUGUUCCAGGAAAAUUCGAGUAGGAUC